GCUAAAAAUCGUGCCGAUGGAUGUGAACCAUCUAUAAUCGAUGAUCCAAGUUGCUGUAUUGAUGGUGAUGCUAACGCUGUUAUCAGAGGUAAUUGGAGCAAGAAGCAACAUCAGCAACAUCCAAGUUUAGCAUCACAAACUUUAACAGAACCUAGCACAGCUGCUACUCCUUCAUCGCAUAGUAAGAGCAGAACAACAACAAUAACAGCAACAACACCAAUAAAUAGGAGUAAUGAAGGUGCCGGGAGCGGUAAAUCGGUGCACGGUAUCGUUGCAUCGUUAAUCCGAGCGGCCGAAGAGACGCGUUUUCAGGCACCCGAUAAACCUACAACACUAAAUUUUACAAGCCGACGCCAGCAACUGCCGAGUGCCACUGCUACUGCCAUCUUACAACAGCAGGUAUCUUCCUAUCGUUCAUAUUUCUAG